AUGGCACAAGUUAUUAAGACGUUGGCAUACCUUCUUAUUGUGACCAACGCGGCCGCGUACGAUGAAUCCUACCCAGGAUAUCAUAGCCCAUUGCAGACUUGUGCCCAACUAUCUACAGUCUUUGGCUCUGCACUUCAUUACCCCGAUAACGACAACUUUUUGAUCUGGGAUGCGAAGCAGCAAGAGGUCCAUCCAGCCUGCCGCGUCGAGCCCUCCAGUGCCACUGAUGUGGCCAAGGUCCUGAACAUCCUCGUGGAGCACUGGUGCUACUUCUCUGUGAAGGGCGGUGGGCACUCUAGGAACCCGGGGGAUUCCAACUCAGCCGGAGGUGUCACUGUGGACCUGGACCGGAUGAGAGAGGUCCAGGUCUUGGAUAAUGGCACUAAGGCAUGCGUUGGUGGCGGUGCAACCACUUUCCAAGUCUAUCACGCCCUGGAAUCUCGGAAUCUAUCAUUUGUUGGCGGCAGGGUCGGCACUGUCGGCGUCGGGGGUUAUACCCUGGGCGGAGGCACGUCCCCUUUGUCGAAUAAGUACGGCUGGGCAUUAGACAAUGUCUACGAGUAUGAGGUUGUUCUCGCCAAUAGUACAGUCACGACCGCCUCUGACUCUCACAGUCCGGACCUUUAUUUCGCUCUCCGGGGCGGUGGGAAUAAUUUCGGCAUCGUCACAGCCUUCAUCGUUCGCACAUUCGCUCACGGCCCUGUCUUCACCAGCACGACAUCCUACUCCGCCAACCAGACUGAGGAGGUUCUUGACAAGGUUUACGAGCUGUACACGGGCAGCGGUCUCACCAGUGAUGUUGAACUAGGAUACGACUUGUAUUAUACCUAUGUCGCUGGCAGCGACGAGUUCGUCUUGACAGGCACCCAGCGCUACGGCAAGCCGGUUCAGAAGCCUCCGGUCUUCCAAGCAAUCGAUCAAAUCCCAACAUUAAGUAGGGUCACAACCAUAGGCAGUCUGGCCAGUCUGGUGAACGAGUCCAGCCCAAUGGGUGCUACCCGGAAUUGGUUUGCUACGUUGACCGUCUCUCCAUCGCGCUCCCUGCUCUCCCAAGCCCUCCAGAUUUUCUCGCACGAGGUUGAGGCUAUCAAAAGCGUGCCCGACCUCGUUCCCAACUUUAUCUGCUACCCGCUACAAAGGAAUGCCAUCGCUGCUAUGAAGCAUCGAGGUGGUAAUGCUUUGGGCAUCGAGCGCGACGAACCUCUUUUCACCUGGUCUCACGGGCGCGACGACGCCGCCGUUGAGAGGAUGAGCGUAAAUGUUGUUCGCAGACUCCAGGCGGCAGCUGAGAAUCUGGGGGUUGCGAACCGGUAUCUGUACGUCAACUACGCAUCUGCGGCGCAGACUGAUGCAUUUUUUGCUGGUUACGGUACUGGCAAUAUGCGAAGGCUGAGGGAGAUUCAAAGGGCAGUGGAUCCUGACGGAAUUUUCACCUCCAAAGGUCUAUGGAAAGGGUUUGUCAAGCUGCUGUGA